CCCGGUGAAUUCCUACCUGCUAUUUCUAAUUGUCACCUCCUAGUUUUUCUGGCAACUUCCAACAUGCUUCCUUUAGAGGUAAUGUUCAUUUGUUGACUUCGAGCCUGUGAUGAGAUCACAGCUAAUAAAUUGCAAAGCGACACUUUGCAACCAAAAUCUGGUUUCGGCGCCAAAUUGAUGAACAGCAAAGAAAGGCUUUUAAUUGUCUUAAAAAAAGCCCCAGGGCUGGGUUGUUAGAGUGAAAUCAGAAAUUGGAUAUCAGAUCUGAAAGCUUUUAAAGAAAAUUUGGUUGAAUUUCUUUUUUUCUUGAAUAUGAUUAUUUGAUGCUGUACAAAGAACACAGAAAAUUAUUCCAAAAGGCUUUUGAACUAAGGAAUAAAGAAAUCCAGAUUGCAAUUUAACCUUGGGUUAGUGCUAAUUGGCCUUCGAACAACUGGGCUUAGAACCAUAGCAACUGUAAAAGGCAAGAGGCAACAUGAUAAGCCAGUAUGAACUGGCGUGAUGAACAAAGUGACAAGCUCUAAGCACGAGGAGGAUCUGGCUGUAAAUUUGAUCAGAGGAUUUUGACCACUCACAAUGUAGCUGAACCCUUUACACCCUAACAUCAGUAUGCAUAUUCUCCAUACUGUUCUGUAAACAUUUCUUAAGAUGCCAACAUGGAGAAUUUGUCCAACAAUCAAGAGCUUCUUAAGUAGGUGAUCAGCUCCUUUAUUCUCCUGACCUUAAUGUUUGAUUCAGGCGUGAUAUGGUAAGGAGAAAUUAGAUGCCAGUCACUCUCAGGGGUUCAAGGGUAAAAGAGCCUGAAUCAAUCUGUAGCUUGCACAACUAAGGGAAAAAUCGGCAAGGCUGGAUUCUAUUACUUCUUCUCGCACUUAAUGUAUCUUGAGGUUUUCAUGUCUCACUUUUGUUGAUUAUUUGUGUUGUGGCAGGAUCACUUAAGAGAUCUGUGUACGGUGAUCAGAAACAAAGAUGCUGAAUUGGCUCGACGCUGGAGUAAA